AUGCGUAAAACCCCGUAUCCUGCUGCGGACACGUACAAGGUUCACGACUCAGCAGAAGGACUUUCAACUUUUUGCACUGACUUUCUAAAGAACAUCUUCAACAUGGGCAACACCAGCAGUGAGCGUGCGGCUAUGGGUCACCAUGGAGACAAGACCCGGAGAGACAGUCGCGGACACAAAGAGGGACCCAAGAUCCUCAUGGACAGUCCAGAGGAUGCAGACAUCUUUCACACUGAAGACAUCAAAGCCCCGAUGGAGAAAGAGGAGUUCUUGGCCUGGCAGCAGGACAUUGAAGCCGAUGACAAAGAUCCAGCUUUAGACCGGCCGACGGUUUUCCGUUGGAAAGGUGAUGGGAAAGAGGUUUUCAUCUCUGGAUCCUUCAACAAUUGGUCAAACAAGAUUCCUUUGAUCAGAAGUCAGAACACUUUUGUGGCCAUUGUGGAACUUCCAGAGGGGGAACACCAGUACAAGUUUUAUGUGGACGGACAGUGGACUCACGACCCAGCAGAGCCCGUGGUAACCAGCCAGCUCGGCACGGUCAACAACAUCAUCCAAGUGAGGAAAACUGACUUCGAGGUGUUUGACGCUCUUAUGGUGGACUCCCAGAAAUGCUCCGAUCUCUCAGACCUCUCCAGCUCUCCUCCAGGCCCUUAUCACCAGGAUGCCUACAUUCCCAAACAAGAGGAAAAGUUUAAAUCUCCACCAAUUCUACCGCCUCAUUUGCUCCAAGUGAUUCUCAACAAAGACACCGGGAUAUCUUGUGACCCAGCGUUACUACCAGAACCUAACCACGUGAUGCUCAACCAUCUCUACGCUCUAUCUAUAAAGGACGGAGUGAUGGUCCUGAGUGCUACACACCGCUACAAAAAGAAGUAUGUGACCACAUUGUUGUACAAACCCAUCUGA